AUGAAUGACACAUAUAGCAAUGCCCAAACAAACCAGGCCAUAUAUUAUAAUCCUCCUACAACGACCACAUCACGAACGAACCAAUCUAACAUAGCUAAUGUCAACACUACAAAUACUCCGGGUAAUCAAGGUGCAUUAUCAAAUCAUGCCAUUAGUGAUAUAUAUGCUCAAAUAAAUCUGCUACAUAACCAAUUUAAUAAUUAUCAAGGCAAUACCAAUGAAAAGAUAAAUCAACUUAAUAUGAAGUUGAAUUAUAUUAACGAAUCAAUUGAAACUUUAAAACGAAAUUUUAAUGAUUUGUCACAACAAGUUCAAUUUGUUUUACUGAGUGGAACACCCCAAACAAAUACAUAUGGGAAUUAUAAUAGUCAAUUCAAAACUAUUGAACUAUUUACAAAGAGUCUAAAUAAGUUAGGAAAAGAUCUUGAAGAAUUUUCAACAGCAGCCAAUACAUUACAACAACCCCAACUACAAUCACAACAUCAUUUAAGUCUCCCUCAACAAAAUAUCAGAACCUCAUCAACUAAUACAAAUGGAUCAGGUAAUGCUACACAUGUUACUACAGGUGGCACCAGUGCUACGACUCAAUUUGAAGACGAAGUAGACGAAUUGAACCGUUCACAACUUUCAAAGGCACUUUCACUUCGAUCACCAGCGCCCAAUAAUAAUUCGACCCCGACAUCGCCAUUUAUACCGAAUAAGUUUAAUUUUGAUUUGAAUUCAUUUUCGUCUACACGAAAUCCUGUAAAUGGAGGGAUUCUGCAUCAGCAACCACAACAACAACCACAACAUACUGGUACUCUUCAGCCAGGAUUCCAUGAUCCUAAAGACCAGAACUUAAAGAAACGAAGGAAGAGGUUGAAGGAUUCUUCCCCUCAACUCCAACAUCAACAGCACCAACAGCAACAACAACAGCAACAACAACAACGUCACCAUCAGCACCAACAACAACAACAGCGUCAACAACAGCAACAGCAACAACAGCAACAAGUCCAGUCACGUCAAGCACAAGCGCAAGCACUAGUUAGUGGAAGUCAAAAUAAUUCCCUUAACAACCCUUAUAUCCUUCCAUUACCUAACUUGUUAAGUGAAGAUCCCACCGCUACCAACAGCAAAUCAAGCUCCGUUUCAGCUGCCCAAUUCAUCUCCAGUAUGCCGCGCAGUAACGAUCCUAACGCAUUAAUGACCUCAGCAUUGAGACAACUGUCAAACCAAACGCGAUCCUCAUUUUUCGGAGAUGAUGACAUUAGUCAUAGUAUAGAUGCAUUAUCUGCUGGAACGGGCGCACCACCAACCAGCAAUACAUCGACUACAAAUGCCAAUGUUACUUCAAAUAACACGGCUGCUUCGAAUAUGUCAGGUGCAUCGGGUACGGAUGGUGUUGAGCUGCCAGCUACUAGUACAUCCAAUGAUGAUAAACCUCCAUCGAAAAGAAGUAAACAUGAUGGGUCAGAAUCUCCUUCAAAGGGAAGAUUAUCACUUGAUUCUUCAGACGUUCCCAAAUUUAAAGUUGAAAGAAGUCUUAAAACAAUUAGUGAUAUUUGGAAAGAAUAUGAAUAUGGAUUGAAGGAUAAACCUCCUUUGAAAUUAUUAGAAAUCAAAUAUGGAACCAAAUGGAGAAAUGACACUGAAUCAAGAACAUUCUUGAGACGCAAGAAGAUUUAUGAAGCGAUUGAAAAUGGCAAGAAUCAAGGAUAUACUGAUGAACAAGUUAUUCGAGAAUUAGAAGAAUAUAGAAGCUAUGAACAUAAGGGUGCUAUCAAGAAGAGACCAUUACUGUGGUUAAAUGCUAAUAUGCCAGUCAAGUUUGAAACUUAG